AUGGCCGGCGGUCUGCGCAGGUCUGCGCGUGCGGUUCGGCGCAGCAGGGCCGAUGAGACGGGGCCCCUGGACAAGGGCACAGACGAGAUGGUCGUGCUCUCUGGCGAGGACGCGGCCCGCCUCGUUGCCAUUAUGGACAGUGCGAUGCCGGGCGUGCUGGACCGCCAAGGAGGCACAGCAACCCUGCGAGAAAUGCUCACGGCCUCUGCACCGCUGGAUGCGGUCGAGAUCUGGAAGUGCGUGGCGUCUCUGUGCGCCCCUGCCGCGCGCACAGAUGCGCGCGACUGUAUGGGCGUGCUGCUAUUCCAGCACCUGCUGACCCAGCUGUUGCCGAGUCUGGCCACGGCGGGACCUGUGCAGGCCCAGACACGCGCGGAUGCAUUUGCGCUGCAUAUGCGGCUCCCCGCAGGCGACUACUUCACGAACGCGGUCGCACUCACGGAGUCGGCUCGCGCUGCGCUCGACACGGGCGCGGCGGACGGCGUGGCUGUGGCGCCGCCCAUGGGCGUCCCGCCUGUGUAUACGCUGGGAGACUGUGCCACAGUGGCCAAGCCACUUCCAAAGCCGAAGGAACCCCAGACGAUGCAUGCGGCGACAUACCUUUCGUACGGGGCGUUCGGGUCAUCACUUGGCCCGUCCGUCGACUCGAGCGGCAAAACGCUCGACGCCACAUCGACAGACGCGAUGUACACUGCGCGCCAUCGAAUGGCCCGGCGGCUGCAUGGCCGCUGGGGCGCACCAUUGGCGGAGCGCUUGGAAUCAGCGUACCGCAUAGAUGGCCAGGCUCAGCAAGACGAGGCCGAGCCUAUGGACGAGGAUGAGGCGGCGGCACGCAGCCUGGCCACCGAGGCAGCAGCGCUGGACCCCGAGCUGGAUGCAGGGCUCCUUGAGCACGCCCUAGAGGCGCUCGAUGUCGACCUGAUCCUACGGGAAAACCAGCUCCGGCUGGAGGAGCUGCAGGAGCUGCAGUGGGCGCGCGCUCGGAUGGAGUAUGCGCACGCUAGCUCCGCGCAUGUGCGCGAACGCGAGCAUGCCCUGGCGGAGGACGUGCUCGCGUCGCUGACGGACCUGCUGCUGCGCGUGCCGCCGAACGCCGUGACCGCGACGGCCCGUGCCGCGGGCCCCAUGGUGCUGCUGUCGCAGGUGGUCCUUGCGUCGUCGCUCACACCAACGUCGGCGCUGUCGCAUGGGUUUUACGGCACACUCAGCGUGCCCGUGCAUGGCGCCAAGACGCAGGCGCAGCUGCCAGGCGCCCACGACCCGAACUCCUUGCCGGUGUGGGCGCCGCUCCUGCGGCCCAGCACCGUGGCGGAUAAUGCGACGGCCCGGCCGGGAGCGGACCCCCGUGUUCUCGCGUAUGCGUGGGACGACGCGCAGGCAUCGCCCGCGCAAGCUGUCAAGGCGGCGAUGGGCCCAGCUGUGCCGUACGGCCAAGGCGGUGUGCGCCCCGUCCCGGUGCUGGGGGGAAUCAGCUCGCCUCUAGCCACGACGCAGGUGGGCGCUCAGCUAGGCACACGCCCUGCACGCCCAGUAUCGCGGCCCUCGUAG